UUUCUUGAAAUCAAAAUCAAAUCAAUCCAUUUGUGCUUUCUUCGUCAUUUUUGUUCUUUAUUUUCUAUCUUUUUAUGUUCUUUCCCUUGCAUUCUUGUUUUUUUUUUUCAUUUGAGUAAAGUAAUAGGUGUCUUAGAGGUCACGGAUCAAUCGGUGUAAAUAAUCUCUUAUAGAAAUGCACGGCAUAAAUUCAUAAAUUCCUGUAGUUUUCCCUUCUUCAAGUUUUUACUUAGCGGGAGCUUUAAUGCACCCGCUUGCUGUGUUUUGUUUUUUGGGUCAUUUUUGUUCUUUAUUUUGGAUAUAUAUAUUAUGCUCUUUUCUUAGCUUUCUUGAUUUUUUUUAUUUCAUAUUUUUCUCCACUAUGACUUUUUCCUAUUAUUUACUAGUACACUAAUUUACCUCACUUGAUCCGAUAGUCUUUUAGAAAUAGCCCAGUAAAUCCUAUGUACACUCUAACCUCUCCGAAACCCACUUUGUGUGAUUUCACUGUGUAUGUUGUUGUUGAGUAUUUUGAGUAAAGUAAUGGGUAUCUUUAAAUUUUGCAAGUUGUUAACAUAAUAUGAAUGAAUCCUAUGGGAAUUCAAGAGCAAGCUCAAGUUCUACAUCUAGUUUGGAUAGAAAUUCACAGGGUACUGAGGAUGAUCAUGCCAUUGCAACAAUUUUAGCUGAAGAAGAACAAAAUGCUUCAAAGUAUGGCGGCAAAUUUGGGAAGAGACUUUCUCAUUUGGAUUCAAUCCCGCACACUCCGCGGGUAAUAGGGGAGAUACCUGACCCAAAUGAUGCCACGCUAGACCAUGGGAGGCUAUGUAGCAGAUUGGCGACUUAUGGUCUCACUGAAAUGCAAAUUGAAGGGGAUGGGAAUUGCCAGUUUCGAGCCCUUUCAGAUCAGUUGUAUCAUAAUCCAGAGUAUCAUAAGCUUGUAAGGAAGGAGGUCGUUAAACAGCUAAAGCUCUUUAAAAAGUUAUAUGAUGGUUAUGUACCCAUGAAAUACAAAAGCUACUUGAAGAAGAUGAAGAGGUUGGGAGAAUGGGGAGAUCAUGUCACUCUACAAGCAGCCGCUGAUAGAUUUGGGGUAAAAAUAUGUUUGGUCACGUCUUUCCGGGACAGUGGCUACAUUGAUAUCCUUCCCAAGGACAUACAACCUUCUAGAGAGCUGUGGCUGAGUUUCUGGAGUGAAGUGCACUACAAUUCGUUAUACGAAAUUGGAGAAGCUCCAGCUAGAAUUCCCAGAAAGAAGCACUGGCUUUUCUUCUAAGCCCCUUCACCAGCAAAAAUACUGCAUACGGUAGAUUGAUUACUCUAGAGAGCACGGAAUGCACAUAUCAGAAUCCUAUGUAUAAUAUUAUUUAUACAGCUCAGUUUGUAGAAGGAAGACAAUUAUGAUUUCAUUAUACUCCUUCUUGGUAAUGAAUUAAGUAUUCUUUUGGAUCUUA